UCACUCAGCAGAUAGACGGGGUCUCUGCCCUGCGAGCCUCCGGAGUUACUGUCACGGCUUCCCCCAUGGCUCUGACAAUAAGUUCGGCUUUGUUUUGCCUGUGUGUGGUCGCCGUGAACUCCAGCCCCGGGCCGUUAGUGGAUGUUGUGGUCGACCGGUACGAGAUACCGAGAGUGUGUCCUCGGGAAGUGCAAACAGAAGAUUUUAUCCGUUAUCAUUUUAACGGUACUUUCUAUGCAGACGGGAAAAAGUUCGACUCCAGCCAUGACCGAGGCAGAGCCUUCAUCAGCCAGGUGGGCCUGGGCAGGCUCAUCACGGGGAUGGACCGCGGUCUUCAGGGCAUGUGUGUGAAUGAACGCAGGAGGAUCACAAUCCCCCCGCACCUGGCCUACGGAAGCAUCGGAACAGGUGGCAUAAUCCCUCCUGACGCCGUGUUGGUGUAUGAUGUUCUCCUGCUGGACAUCUGGAACACAGAGGACAAGGUCCAGACCCGCGCACUCAGCAAACCUGCAGGCUGCAACCGCACCACCGUGGCAUCAGAUUUCAUCCGUUACCACUACAACGGCACCCUGCUGUCGGGUGAGGCCUUCGACUCCAGUUACUCAAGGAACACAACCUAUGACACCUACCUGGGAAAAGGUCACCUCAUCAAGGGCCUGGACGAGGGUCUCGUGGGCUUGUGUGUGGGGGAGAGAAGGAUCAUCAUAGUCCCACCUUUCCUGGCAUAUGGAGAGAACGGCUCUGGAACUCGGGUGCCCCCUCAGGCUACGCUGGUGUUCGAGGUGCUGCUGGUCGAUGUGUUCAACCCCAAGGAUGAUCUGAUUGUGAAGGUGAAGGAGGUGCCCGAAGGCUGCACCCGCAGGACGGCGACCGGAGAUUACAUCCGCUACCACUACAACGGCACUUUUCAGGAUGGCACGGCGUUCGACUCGAGCUACCAGCGAAACAGCACCUAUAACACGUACAUCGGCAUGGGAUAUGUGAUCCAAGGGAUGGACAAAGCCCUGCAGGGCCUGUGCAUAGGUGAGAAGAGGAGGAUUACCGUCCCUCCUCACAUGGCGUAUGGCGAAGACGGGGUCGGAGACCUCAUUCCUGGCUCUGCUGUGCUGGUCUUUGACAUUCACGUCAUUGACUUCCACAACCCCAAAGAUCCGGUCCAGGUUAAAGUUACCCACAAGCCUCAGGAAUGCAGAGGGACCAGUGAAGCUGACGACUUGGUCACUUAUCGUUAUAAUUGCUCCUUGAUGGACGGCACCCUGCUGUACUCCUCGGACCAGCUGGACUCACCGUCCAUCACGACUCUGGGAGCGAACGCGGUGAUUCCAGGUCUGGAGGAAGGUUUGAGUGGCAUGUGUGUGGGCGAGAGGAGGGAGGUGGUCAUUCCACCACACUGGGGACAUGGUGAAAAUGGAGCUGGAGGAGUUCCCAAGAGUGCAGUGCUCUUCUUUGAGCUGGAGUUAGUGGAUCUGCAGAAGGGUGUGCCUGAAGGCUACAUGUUUGUGUGGCUGGGGGACGGUCCUGAUCCCCUCUUUCCUGCUAUGGACCUCAACGGUGACAAAGAGGUCCCUCUAGAGGAGUUUUCAGCCUUCAUCAUGCUCCAGGUUAAAGAGGACAAAGGUCGUCUUCGGCCGGGGGUGGAUGCCGACGGCGUCAUUCAGGACAUGUUCAAUAACCAGGACCGUAAUAAAGACGGGAAGAUCGUAGAAGAUGAACUGAAACUUCAGGUGGAUGAGGAGUCUGAACAAGUGAGACGAGACGAGUUGUAAAGGGGACACAGAGUGCUUUAGUAGUGGCAAGAAACAGGCAUGCAGUGACUGGGGUUAUACUGUCGUCUUAGCAACUGUCGUGCAUCUAUAUUGAAAAUGUUUCCGCGAUUGAAACAUUGCUGAGCCUUUAGGCACGCAGACAGUUUGCUUUGCUAGAAUCUGUUAGAAUAUAUCGAUGCCAUCUCACAGCUGUUGCAGUAGAACCAAUCAGUCAAACCAUUCUGGACAAGACUGACGGCACAAACAAACAUCUGGAUGUCGUGCACAGAGAGCACGUGUUUGAAAAUGUGAAAGGAAGAAAAAUGGCCUGUUGUGAAACUGUUCUGUUGAAGACGGCACACAUGACUCAAACAUUUACAUUGAACGACCUCAGAGAGCAUUUGGGCUGGGCCCUUCUUCCACAAUAUUACAUUUUAUAUAAAGUCAAUGCAGUGCCUCAUUUAAAGUGAUGGAAAACCACUGGUUGUACAGUAUGUUAGGGAGUAAAAAUCUAUCAUGGAGAAUUAUUUUACAUUGUUUUAUAGAACAUAAAAAACUUUUCUGAUUAAAUGAAGACAGCUCCUUUAUUUCAUCCACACUUUUCAUGUACAGACCUGUACCUGCACAUUAGUCAAUAUGAAACAUGGUGAUCAGAAACAGACGAAGCCACAUUUUAUUUCAGACGAGUUGGAACAUAUGAAGAGGUAAUUGUUUGGACAAACAAAGACAUGCUUGACUGACCACAAAAAUGUAAUUUGUGGUUGUGUUAAGCCUCAGUUCUAACGUUUUUGGAAACUUUUGUUUGUUACAGUGCAGAACUUCUCAAUUAGUCGAAGCAAAUCGUGUAACACAGUCCUGUUUUGGUUUUGUUAGUAUUACAGUGACAUUUUGAGGCAGCAGUUAGUUCUUGCACAUCAUUUGACCUCUGCUAUACUUGAAAAAGAGCCGUGUAUUUUUUAUUUUUGUUCACCGAAUUAUUUAACUUGGUUAUCAUGGCUCACCACUAAGUAGCACUGUGGUCCAUAAGAAAAACAAUCGUUUGCUGACAAAAUGACCAGAAACUGGGAGACUUCACACUGUAAUCAUGGCAUGUUUAAUAUGAAGAAAAUGUUUAACAUCUUUAAAAACUUCAAGUUUCAAGCUAAAAUUUGCUGGAAUUUAGCGUUAUUGUAACAGAGUGGAAAUCAGUUUCAAACCAAAUGCAGAGUCAAGUGCUGCCAUUUAUGUUGUGCGUUUUUCUUUCCCUUUAUCAUUACAUCCUGGAUGAAGACCAAAACUGUGUGACAAUACCAGUCUUCCCCCAAACAAACACUUAACAUGCUGCACAGUAGAUACAGUGCAAAUCUUGCUUCCAUCACAUACACUAUGGUCCAAAAGCAGUGAAACCGUAAACAUGGAGGAAGGAGAAAGGCCAAUAGACAAAGAUAUAAAAGGGUGACGUGGAGUGUGGGAGCUGCGGCUGUCAACUGGACUUGUGAAUAUUUUCAUAAAAUAAAAAAUAAUGCACCAGAGUGUCCAAUACCAAACAGCCAGUGGUAUUCUUACUUCUCACUUAUUGCCAGUGAGAUAGAGCAGUACAGCAUUCGGGACUUCCAAG